UUUUUCAAAGGUCCGAGAUUAUUUUUUAAAACAAAUAUUAGUCUAGUUUCUUUGAUUUCUCCACGUUGAAAUCAAUUUAGAGAGGGAAUUAAGGUUACACCUACUUGUGCUUUUGCCAAAUCGGGUUCAUUGUGCCGAAUCGACUCCUUAAGAUUUGGUGUCGACUCUUGAUUCCUAGUGACUCUUCUUGUUAGUUAGCUAUAUCGCGAGCACUGCUAUUUGGUCGGGUGUAUGAGUCAGUCAGUGUUACAGUUAAAGUUCUGUCUUGUUAUUGGUUCCAUGUCGCUAUAGCAGACCUGAUAAAGUGGCUAGUUGGAGCCAUGCGUGGACUUGGCUUGUGUGUGGUGUGUUUUGGUGCGCUGCAGCUGUAUAUCGGAGCUUCUGCACAUCGAGGAGCCUCGCAUUUAUUCACAGAUGAGAUCCCUUUCAAAAUCAACUGGCCCGGGGAACAUUUCACCUUGCCAGCAUCCGGAGCCCUUUAUGAAGAAGAUAACUACCUUAUUAUGACCACUGCAGAAAAGGAGAAAUACAAGUGCUUAUUGCCUUCUUUGUCUAGAGGAGAUGAGGAUGAGGAGGAGUAUACAGGACACAGCCCAGCUGUUCUACUUGCACCGUUAUUCAAACAAAGCAGUUGCUCAUACAGGAUUGAGUCUUACUGGUCCUAUGAGGUGUGCCAUGGUAAACAUGUGAGGCAGUAUCAUGAGGAAAAGGAAACUGGUCAGAAAGUGAGCCUACAGGAGUAUUACCUGGGCAGCAUGACCAGCAAAAACACAGAUUCUUCAGCAGACUCUGAGCAUAGUAAAGUAGCGGAUGCUGCCAGUGAAAGACCAGACUUCAACAUUGAGGUGCCAACUAAGAAUAUAGAAGGCCAGCUGACUCCUUAUUACGCAGUGGAGAUGGGGAAUGGGACCCCAUGUUUGUUGAAACAGAAUAAGCCUCGUUCUGCCUCUGUGCUGUACGUGUGUCACCCAGAGGCAAAACAUGAGAUCCUUUCCAUUGCUGAAGUGACAACCUGCGAGUAUGAAGUGGUGGUGCUCACCCCACUGCUCUGUGCUCAUCCUAAAUAUAGGUUCAAGUCAUCACCAGUGAAUGCCAUCUUUUGCCAGGCGCUGGCAGGCUCUCCACUCCGGCCCCACAGCUUCUCCCAACUGGACCAGCAGCAGGAGGAGCUGCUUAGGCCACCCUUCAGCCCUCCCACUGAGCGAGAGGACGACACAUCACCUGUGCGGGAAGAGGCCUUUACCUCUACCCACAAACCCAUAGCAGUAGCUGGACACACCCAGGUGACAGUGAGCACCACUCACAUAUCUCGUCUGACUGAUGAGCAGCUCAUAAGGGAAUUUCUGAGUGGCUCGUACUGUCUACAUGGGGGUGUUGGAUGGUGGAAAUAUGAAUUCUGCUAUGGAAAGCAUGUUCAUCAGUAUCAUGAGGACAAAGAACAAGGGAAGAGUAUUGUCGUGGUUGGCACUUGGAAUCACGCUGAGCAUUUAGAGUGGUCCAAGAAGAACGUGGCGCGCACCUACCAGCUUAAAGAAGAGGGAACCCAGAAAGUGAAGGUGGUGUCCCACUUCUAUGGCCAUGGAGAUGUGUGUGACCUCACAGGAAAGCCAAGACAGGUUGUUGUGAAGCUCAAGUGUAAGGAAUCGGAGUCUCCUCAUGCUGUUGUUGUGUAUCUCUUGGAACCCCAGACCUGCCAAUAUAUUCUUGGGGUGGAGUCUCCGGUGAUCUGUAAGGUCUUGGACACAGCUGAUGAGAAUGGCCUUCUUUCCCUCCCUAGCUAGAAAUAAUAGAUCCUAGUGAAAUGGGCUUGUUUUAGAAGAUGGUGAUGAUUAUGGAGUGAAAUGUGGAUUUCUGAAGGAAAGCAGAGUGCCUAAACCCAGGAAUUCCUCAUGAUCCCUUUAAGAACACUGAAUUCAGUGACAUUUGUCCUGUGUUGGAGCAGGUGUGGUGUUCAAAGUAUGAUAAUUCUGGAAUUGGCAGUUGUGGAACUGUUUAAUUUCCUCAUCUACUGGAGAAUAUCUGUUUUUAAGUUUUUGCCACAUUUUAAUGACUGCUCAUGAUUUUUUUUUUUUUUUAUUUAAUGCAAUACUUUCUGCAGGGUAACGUAUUGGGUUGUUUUAACUGUUUAUUUAUUUGUUAACUACAUGCUUACUGUUGCAAGCAUUAAAAUUACAUUUUAAGUAAAGCAAGGCUUUAAGAAUUUGAAAGUUUAGUUAAUUGAAUAUAUGGAGAGCUAGAAUGCAUUGCAAAAGUAGCAGACCAGUUACAUACUUGAGCCACUUAAGCAUAAAGAUGACAAAAAAUACAAACUGCAAGCUUUUUUAUUUUAGACUAAAUCUGAACAAUGCUUCAUGUUGAUACUACCAUGAAAUUAUGGUAGUAUCAUUGCCACAUUUAAGUGGAUACAAGAACUUGGUCAUAUAGUAAGCAUUUGUCUUUUUAUUUAAAAAGCAGCAGAACCUAGAUUGUGAUUUUGAAUAAUUGUUAAAAUGUUUAGGGUGUGCACUGUGUAUGUACAUGCACAUCUAAAUGAAUGAAGGUAGUGAACUAUGCUUUAAUUCAGGGAUGUUUGCGUGGGUUUUUAAAGUUGUAUGAUAUUCACGAUUCAGGAGAAAAUCCAAUUGUCCAAUUCAGCAAGAAAACUUGAGCAAAUAAAAGAUGAAUAUGUUUUGGUUAUAA